CGGUUGAACACGGACAAAGCACGCCGGUCUCGUGCUAUCUAAAACCCCGCCUCCACGUCGCCUGACACGCCCAUUCAUGUAUACGGUGACGUCAUGAAACAGUUGAACACGGCAAAGCACGCCGGUCUCGUGCUAAAACUCUCGUGCUAAGACCCUGCCUCCACGCCGCGUGACACGUGAUCAUCGGAGCAGGCUAUGGGAACUUAGGCUAACUGCCAUUUGUUGCUGCCAGGGCUCUUACAGAACGGAACGGAACAUGUCCCCUGCACCAACCAGUGGUCUGGCCUUCAAACCUCCAGAUGGGGGCUGGGGGUGGAUGGUGGUGAUCGGGGCUCAUAUCUCCAUUGGGUUUGCCUAUUCUACUCCCAAAGCCCUCUCCAUUUUCUUCAAGGCGAUCCAAGCUGACCUGCAGGCCAGCGACAGCGACGUCGCAUGGGUUUCUUCCAUCAUGCUAGCAGCUAUGUACGCCGGGGGACCAGUGAGCAGUGCUUUGGUCAAUCGCUACGGAAGUCGACCAAUCGUAAUACUGGGGGGCCUAAUGUGUGGAAUCUCCAUGAUUGCUGCUUCCUUUGGGAACGCCAUCAUUUACCUUUACUUAUGCAUCGGAGUCAUUGCUGGUUGCGGACUGGCCUUAAACCUGAACGCAUCACUCACCAUCAUAAGCAAGUAUUUUCUGGCCAAGCGUCCGCUCGCCAACGGGCUGGCGAUGGCUGGGAGUCCUGUAUUCCUUUGCUUCCUGGCGCCUCUCAAUCAAUACCUUCUGGACAAGUUUGGGUGGCGAGGGAGUCUUCUCAUCCUUGGGGCCCUGAUGCUCAAUUGUUGUGUAGCUGGGGCCUUGAUGAGACCCGUCGGCUCUUGCACUCCUUCUGCUGCACUGCAGAAGAAGGCCAAGGAGCAGUGGGACGACUGCACCACCAACACUGAGCCACGGAAACAAAGUUGCGUCAGCCGUGCCAAGAAGUUCUUGGAUUUGUCCUUCUUCAAAGAUAGAGGCUUUAUAAUUUACCUCCUAGGGAACGUGAUGUUUAUUUUUGGUGCCUACGCCCCGAUCAUGUUCCUGUCGGCCCACGCUGUUAGGCAGGGUGUAGACCAAUACUCGGCCGCCUACCUGCUCUCCAUUAUGGGUUUGGUGGACAUGUUUGUUCGGCCUGGCACCGGCCUGAUUGCCAACAGCAAGUGGAUCAGACCCAGAGUCCAGUUCUUCUUCAGCUUUGCCAUGGUGUUCAACGGCACGUGCCAUUUGCUAUGCCCGCUCAUCAAAAGCUACGCCUUCCUGGUGGUGUACGCUGUGUUUUUUGGUGUGGGUUUCGGCAUGGUUUUCGCCCUCAUUUUUGAGUGUCUGAUGGAUCUGAUGGGGAGUGAACGCUUCCCCAGUGCCGUCGGACUGGUGACGAUCAUCGAGUGCUUCCCCAUGCUGCUGGGCCCUCCUACUGCAGCUUUACUGGUGGACAUGUUUGAUGACUACAAGUACCUCUUCCUGAUGUGUGGCGCCGUCAUUGUGACCGGCGGCGUCUUCCUCUUCAUCAUGAACAUCUUCAACCAUCACGUGCUGGAAAACCAGAGGAGCAGACUACAGAACCCCCACAACGUGGAAGACCGGGACCAGGCCGAGACGCAGAACAAACUCCAGCCCAGUUGUCUUGGGAAAGAGUCUGCUGUGCCUGAAAAAGAAAACGGGGGUGACCCCCAGGGGGGGCCAGCAAGUUCAGAAUACUUUGAAAUACCCAUUUAAUUUUGACAUGUGAAGUAGUUUUACAUCCUUGGAGUUGUUUGCUCCUUUAGUCGGUCAGGCUCGUGGCUGGCACUCACAAGAUUAUCUUCCCGAUGCGCCGCCAUUGCUAAAAUGUUGCUGCUCGGCUAUAAAAUCCUAUCAAUUAUGUCUACAUCACGGGACCGGGCCAAGGAGUCUAAGCCGUGUUAGCUGACUAGCUACUGUAGGCUAAGCAUAAAUAUGUCUAGGUGAUCAUACCGGGACUUGACAGGGCUAAGGCUGGACUAGUAGCGAUUGCGGUUCCCCAAAUAUUCUCUAUUGCAAUUCUUUUCGGAGUUUGGGUCCUAAAAGUCGAAAUGAGGACGCUAACCAAAGUUCUUGGCUGACAUUUCUGAAAGUCCCUGCUUUUUUUAAUUCUAUGAACUUUUUAUGAAGGACGUUUCUAUGAAUUUAUCAGAGUGCUAUUUUCAACCCGUGUAGAAAUAUCAAACCAUUGAACUUGAACAGAAAUGUUUACAGAGGCGUACACGUUCACGUCUGGUUUUCUACUCUACAUGUUGGACACCAUCUUAUGACAAAGUCACAAGACAAAGUCCAGUCUAACCAAGUCACUGACCUCUUGCUAAUGUAUGCAGAACAUUCCACUACAGGCUGCAAUUGCUGUGGCUGGCUGCCAGCCCCCCCCCCCCCCCCUCUCCCCUGGUGCAAGUCUCGGAGUUCCUAUGUUGUAACGUGUGCUUAUUUGUCCCAAUGUUGCAUCUUUUUACCACUUCCACACUGUAUUUCCCCAUAGGUGCCUGGUUUGGACUAGUUUGGUCCCUUACCCCUCCCCAACCUGUCCUGUGUACCCCCCCACAUAUAUUGUACGGUGUGUUGCUUAUGUACGGACGGGCGAUGGCACCAUUUCUAAAUGAUCAUAAAAGCCUUUCUGACUACUCAUUUAUUCU